GUACCAUUGUCGUCUGAAACUGUGCUGCGCUUCAUCAGAAAUGAACAAUGAUGCGCCUACGCUCCAAGAGAUAAUCCAACUAACCCGUCAGGAACUUGUUACCCCGCAAAAGACUGACCCCAUCCGCGAAUGUGGACGUGCUGCACUCGCACUUCUUCCCGAGAACCCUGAGCUCGGCUUGAAGCUUGCGUACCAGAAACUGCACGAUGUUCCUUACAAAGAAGUAAAGACUUGUUGGCGGAGACUAUAUACAGACGCAACUCUGUGGAGGGUGCUAAAGCGAAUAGAUAGCGGAACAGAGGAACAGCAGCAAGGCACGACAGCGAGCGACUGGAUCGAUGAGGUUGUGAAAUCGUUAGAUAUGGCCCUCAUACUUGCUGGUGCACCUGCAAGAGAAGAGCUGAUGGAACUAUGGUUUGCAGCAUUAAAAACUGUUUUGGAUCUAGAGCGACAAGCAGACGUUGCAAACCCGGAACGCCCCUCAAAGCGACAAAAGCUAUCCUUGCCCUGUCGAUCCUCACCAAUCCCAGAAAGGUUUCCUGAAGAGCUCCCCAACCCUGAACCAGUCCUUACAUAUCCUUUACAACGAACGAAAGAACUGAGUCUAGAAGCUUUUCAAAGGAAAGCUGGCUCAACAGAAACCCACACACCCUGUAUAAUCGAGGAUGCAAUACAACAUUGGCCUGCACUCAACGAGAGACCAUGGGCGAAUCCAGGGUACUUGCUGAGACAGACCCUCGGUGGAAGAAGAUUAAUACCAGUGGAGGUAGGGAAAAGUUACACCGCCGAAGGCUGGGGUCAAUGCAUCAUCACUUUCCGUGAGUUCAUGGAAACGUACAUGCUACACAAUGUGAGCGAGGCCAACCCGAACAACACUUCACAACCACCACAAGACGAGAACGUAAAAUCAGUAGGCUACCUCGCUCAACACGAUCUCUUCGCGCAAAUCCCCUCUCUACGCCUAGACAUCAGCAUCCCCGACUACUGCUUCUGCGACCCCGCCCCAUCACCUCACCUCACGCACAUCAAGCCCGUCGCUAAACUAGAAGAACCGCUGCUCAAUGCUUGGUUCGGGCCUGAGGGUACCGUCUCCCCAUUACACACGGAUCCCUAUCACAACAUCCUAGCACAAGUAGUAGGAUACAAGUACGUGCGCCUCUACGCCCCGCAAGAAACGAAGCAUCUGCAUCCAAGGAGCGUAGAUGAAUGCGGUGUUGAUAUGAGCAAUACCAGUCAAAUCGAUCUGGAUGAAGCGAUGGAGUUGUUUCCGGAGAUAUCUUGUUUUAAGAGCCCUGUGACGGGGGGUUUUGAAGUCACACUGGAUGAAUCCAGGAAGAGAGAGUUCCAAGAGUGCUUCCCAGGCUUUGAAGAUGCAGCGUAUGUAGAGGAGAUCCUGGGUCCGGGGGAGUGCUUGUAUCUUCCUGUGGGAUGGUGGCAUUAUGUUCGGAGCCUUACACCCAGUUUUAGCGUGAGCUUUUGGUUCAACUAGCGUUUCACCAAUACUUGAGAUUACUUAUGUCUAUUUCGCAAUCUAGUAUAAUGUAGAUUUAUCUAUUGUUCUUACGAAAAGGAUGGUUGGAUUAUAGUCUAAUGUACCUUUCUACUUGACCUUAUCUAGCG